CCAGGGAGUCGUAAAAUACCGGGAGGCGACACGAGAUGCACAACCGCGUCGGAUGAUUGCCUCAGCUCGGGCACGAGUGCUGAGACCUCACGCGCUGCAUGGCGAGGGACUUCCCAUGAGGUCAAAGCGGCGCAGGUCAUGCAAAAGGACGCGUUCGCUGUUUGGUCCAAAAAAUUUGAAAACUCAAUAAAAUUAUCCUGCACACAACGAAUCCAGUGUCAGCAGUUCGUUUUGUUUUUCUAAGUAAUAAUACUUUGUGCCUUGGCCUUCGAAGUAAAGGAUGAUGGAGCUUGACAGAGAUGACUGCCAAAGUGAUGAGUCCACCGUGGAAGAUGUAGAUGACGCCACGUAUUCACUUGGUGACCUGAGUUGUGGGGAUGUUCAGCUGUGGGCUACAGAUCGAUGUAAGAGUGGUAGUGCCAUCAUGGUGUACAGGCCUAUGGAAGGUGCAGUGAUCCAUGGAAUUUGCAAACUGCUGACAAUGAGACAGGCGAGUGUUACUGAGGCGACGGAGUCAUUCCUGCAUGUUAUUAUGACACGGUUACACAAGGCAUCAGGUACUGCAAAUCUGCUACGCCAGGAAGUGUGCCAGCUGAAGGCAUGCAAGGGUGCUGAUAUUUCGCAAGCAUGGCAACAAAUGCUGUCCGUCAUCGCAACAGCUAUUCCCGAAGUGAAAAUCAAUUGUGAAGAUUUGGAAGUUACAUCUGCAGUGCUAGCGAAUCUGAUAAGCUACCUGCAUGCCACGGCUGCCGCUGCUAUCAGGAAAGCGUCAAUAGCACCAUCCAAAGCUGCUGAAGCCAUCCCCGAACCGGUGAUUGACAAUUUGUCUCACCUUGCUGAAAAGUACCAUGGUGGUUGGUGCUUGGUGGCCGUGCGGCGUGAGCUGGAAGGAGCAAGGUGUCGCAACGACAACUUGCUGCAGCUUAUACCUUUAUUUGGCAAGGAUGCCGUGACAAGCCUUCAGCCUUGUUUGGAGAAUUCAGGUGGCCCGGCGUGGCUCGGAAGCUCUGUAUAAGACACCAUACGUCACAGAUAAAAACAACUGAACCAGUGAUAUGUGAAUUUUGCGCUUGUGUGUGUGUGUGUGUGUGUGUGUGUGUGUGUGUGUGUGUGUGUGUGUGUGUGUGUGUGUGUGUGUGUGUGUGUGUGUGUGUGUGUGCUUCUGUGAUAAGUGGUAUAAGCAGUCCACAGGGUAUUCACCUUGAGUGCAUUCGCCGAUAGUGUGACUUUCGUCGCACAGAACCUUCUUCAGUUGGUCAGGUGACUCGGCGUGGCUCGGAAGCUCUGUAUAAGACAAAAUACGACACAGAUAAAAACAACUGAACCAGUGA